GGACCUGUGCAUCCCGCUGGAGCUGCGCUUCCUGGGCGCCUGCCUGGAGGACCUGGCCCGCAAGGAUUAUCACUCCCUGCGCGACUCCGAGAUCAAGGCCAACAACCCCGCCGACCUGGGCAGCCUCACCAACCUGACGGACGAGGUGGUGCGCAGCAAACUGCUGGUGUCCCUCGCCCUGCUGGGCUCUGCCCACCGCGAGGCCGCCGGGGUCCUGUUCCGCACCCUCACCCACAUCGACUCGGUCAUCAACAACUACGGGCUGCAGCUCAACGAGGGCCGCACGGGGGAUGAGUUCCUGUUGCUCUUCACCAUGGCAUCCAACCACCCGGCGUUCAGCUUCCACCAGAAGCAGGUGCUGAGGCAGGAGCUCACCCAGAUCCAGAGUCUCAUGGCCAGCACCAGCAAGAAUCCCAGCACCUCUACCCUCAACACCAUGGCAACCUAUCCUGGCUGCCAUAAGGUCACUCCAAGGUCAGAGACCCCCAUCAACAGUGUCAGUAACAGCUUGGAAAAUGUGCUCCACACAUCCACACAUUCCAUGGAGGAGUCACUGCCCAAGAGGCCUUCAGGGAAACACUCCAAAGUGAGUGUUGAAAAAGUGGAAUUGAAGGGGCUGGCACACAAGAAGAAUGAAAGAAAUGUUGAGUAUUCCUUUGAGGUCCUGUGGUCUGAUUCUUCAGUGACAUUGGUAACCAAAUCUUCUGCUGAAGUGACUGAAUUCAUUUCAAAGCUGUCUCAGCUGUAUCCAGAAGAAAACUUGGAGAAAUUCAUUCCCUGCUUAGCUGGUCCAGAUUCCUUUUACCUGGAACGGAACCACAUGGACCUGGAAUCAGACCUGAGGUACCUGGCCCCAUUCCCUUCCCAUGUGGUGAAAAACGACCACGUCAGGAAGUUCUUCAGCACUUCAUCUCCCUCACAGCAACUUCAGAGCUCAAAUCCUGGCAACCCCUCCCUGUAUAAAGUAGGAACUACGCUGGGAACAUCUGGAAGGUGAAAUAUUUAUCUUGUUUAUAAUUCAUUCUCCUAAAAGGCAAUUUUUAUGUCCUCCAACAAAACCCAGGCCCCCUUCAAGGAGCCAAUAUUUUGGCUUCCAUAUGAAAAGAUUAAAAAUUUCCAUGGGAUUGUAUUUGGGCAUCUUUACUUCUUUUUAAUAAUGCAAAGGCCGUUCUGU